UCUACGGAAACACCGUUAGGUCAAACUACUGUUAAUCCUUCGCGAUCGGCGUUUUCCACAGCCCGAUGUUCUUCCAAUGGAUAGAUUAUGAUGAGAAAAGGAGCACUAUUAAAGGCGAGGUCCCGGGCGGCUGUGUUUAGUCGAUCGGUGCUGAAGUUUGCCGAUGAUCGAUGAUCGAUGAUCGGAGGGAGCAGCGGCAGAAGAAGGGUUCAGGCUCCGUCUUCAAGGAGACUGCUGUGAUGCUACGUAGGCAGCUGGAGGAGAAGAAAAGGGCUUUUCUACUAUGACAGAGAGUGUGUGAAGGAAGGAGACGCACAGAAUCGGGUUUAUAUUCUCUUUUUCAUUCGGUUCGGUCGUGUAAAGUGGUUGUUUUCGGACACGGUGGGACACACGGAGAGCUGUAAACUUUUGGGGGGGAUGGCAGCUCGAAGCCGCAGAGCAUGGUUCAGUGUUCUGCUCGGACUGGUGCUCGGGUUCACUCUGGCAUCCAGACUCAUUUUACCCCGGGCCACCGAGCUCAAGAAAGCGGGUCACAAACGGAAAGCUAACCCGGCCGGCUGCGGGCUGAACCGGGGACUGAGAAAGGAAUACGGCGGGGGAUUAUGGCCACCGCAAGAUAACGGUUCACCGGCGACCGAGAAACCGAGCUCCAGGUCCAGUAAUUUCUUAUUCGUCGGUGUCAUGACCGCCCAGAAGUACCUGAACAACCGAGCCGUGGCAGCACACAGGACGUGGGCACAGUCAAUACCAGGUCACGUAGAGUUCUUCUCCAGCGAGGGAUCGGACACCUCUAUCCCCAUCCCCAUCGUGGCUCUGAAGAACGUGGACGACUCGUACCCGCCCCAGAAGAAGUCCUUCAUGAUGCUGAAGUACAUGCACGACCACUACCUGGACAAGUACGAGUGGUUCAUGAGGGCGGACGACGACGUCUACAUCAAGAGCGAGCGGCUGGAGAGCUUCCUGCGCAGCCUCAACAGCAGCGAGGCCAUCUUCCUGGGGCAGACGGGAAUGGGGGCCCGGGACGAGCUGGGGAAGCUGGCCUUGGAGCCUGGGGAGAACUUCUGCAUGGGGGGGCCGGGUGUGAUCAUGAGCCGCGAGGUGCUCAGGAGGAUGGUACCACACAUUCGGGAGUGUCUACAGGAGAUGUACACCACCCACGAGGACGUGGAGGUGGGCCGCUGUGUGAGGAGGUUCGCUGGGGUCCAGUGUGUCUGGUCCUACGAGAUGCAGCAGCUCUUCUACGAGAACUAUGAACCCAAUAAGAAGGGCUACAUCAGAGAUCUCCACAACAGCAAGAUACACCGAGCCAUCACCCUCCACCCCAACAAGAACCCCCCCUAUCAGUACCGCCUGCACAGCUACAUGCUCAGCCGUAAGAUCGCAGACCUGCGCCACCGGACCAUCCAGCUGCACAGAGAGAUUGUCCAGAUGGGGCGCUACGGAGCGGCCGAACCCAGCAGAGAGGACCUCCAGCUGGGCAUGCCCCCCUCGUUUAUGCGCUUCCAUCCCCGGCUGAGAGAGGAAGUGCUGGAGUGGGAGUUUCUGACGGGGAAGUACCUGUUCUCAUCGUCUGAUGGUCAGCCGCCCCGCCGCGGUAUGGACUCCUCCCAAAGGCAGGCUCUGGAUGACAUCAUCAUGCAGGUGAUGGAGAUGAUCAACGCCAACGCCAAGACCCGAGGCCGAGUCAUCGAUUUCAAAGAAAUCCAGUACGGCUACCGCAGGGUGAAUCCUUUAUACGGAGCCGAGUAUGUGCUGGAUCUGCUGCUGCUGUACAAGAAGCACAAAGGAAAGACCAUGACUGUUCCCGUCAGGAGGCAUGCAUACCUCCAGCAAACCUUCAGCCAGAUCCAGUUCAGAGAGGACCAGGAGAUGGACGCCAGGGCCCUCGCCAGCCACAUCAACCAGGAGUCCGACUCGCUCUCUUUUCUCUCCAACUCUCUGAAGAUGCUAGUGCCCUUCAAGCUGGCCACGUCGGGUCAGGACCAGAGGGAGCCCAAGGAGAAGAAGGUCAACAUCCUGGUCCCUCUGUCGGGACGCUACGACAUCUUUGUGCGCUUCAUGGCCAACUUUGAACGAGUCUGCCUGAUCCCCAACCAGAACGUCAAGCUGCUGAUCCUGCUUUUCAGCACGGACAACAACACGGAGCGGGUGAAGCAGGUGGAGCUGAUGAGGGACUACCACAUGAAGUAUCCUCGGGCCGAGAUGGAGAUCAAAACGGUGGACGGCUCCUUCUCCAGGGCUCUGGCUCUCGAAGUGGGCUCCUUGCACUUCUCCAACGACUCGCUGCUCUUCUACUGCGACGUCGACCUGCUCUUCACCAGCGAGUACCUGAAGAGGUGCCGGACCAACACCGCCCCCGGGGAGCAGACCUAUUUCCCCAUCAUCUUCAGCCAGUACGACCCCAAGGUGGUGUACGCCGGGAAGGUCCCGAGCAACAACCACUACGUGUUCACCUCCAAGACCGGCCUGUGGAGGAACUACGGCUUCGGGAUCGUCUGCGUCUACAAGGGGGACCUGCUUCGAGCCGGGGGCUUCGACACCUCGAUACAGGGCUGGGGGUUGGAAGACGUGGACCUCUUUAAUAAAUUUGUGCAAUCAGGGAUACGGUUGUUCAGAAGCACGGACACGGGGAUCGUGCAUGUCCAUCACCCCGUCAUAUGUGACCCCAACCUGGAGGCAAAGCAAUAUAAGAUGUGUCUGGGCUCCAAAGCCUCGUCGCACGGCUCCACCCAACAGCUGGCCGAGCUGUGGCUGGAGAAGAAUGACCACGGCUUCAGGAGACUGGCGAGUACAAACGGCUCAGUAAGGACAGCGUGAGAGAGAGCCGGCGGUCACAAAAACGGUACCUGAACCUUCAUCGUAGUGGUGUUCUCACUACCUAAUUUAUUUUUUACUGAAAUCAAAGACUUUACAUGGAUAUAUUUUGGAAAUAUGUCUCGUUUUAUAUGAUCUGAUGAACACAAAGUGUGGGCUGAACGUAUCAUUACUGAAAGAAGGAGUAUUGACCAGUGUUGUUGUGUUAUCCUGAGGCUCAUCCAGCCUGAAACAUGUCAUCUGUCAGCUCACAGAGGGAGGUCAACUGGAGAAUUUCAGUGUUUUUAUAGCUGGGCAAUACUUUUACAUUUGAUACUUUUCAAUUCAAGCUAAAAAAAAAAAGUACAAAAAGAUGUGAACAAAAAGACUGAUCAAAGUACUGUGUGUCCGCUAACAGAUGUUUUUGUCACUGACAGGCUCAGAUAUAUUCCAAGUGUUUGACAACAUUACAAAAAAGAUCCUACGGUGGCUGACAAGUGUACAGGCUCGGCAACGGCUGGAAUUAAAGAAAAUGUGCAGCUUAUUCAGAAACAUGCAAAUUAUAAAUCUCUUGCAAAAGUCCUUCACAAAUGCAACGGCUGUAGAUGAGAGAGAAAGAGCUGACUUGAUAACGAGCUUUAACAAUCCAAUGUUAGCCUGCCCAAGUACUGAUAUCAAAUAUCAGUAACCUUAUAAGGCUAAAAUGUAUGAAAAGCUGUUUAACAGUGAAAAUCUGCAGUUCUGGGUUAGGGUUAGGGGUGCCUGCCAAAUGUUUACGAGGUGCAGUAAAAUGUUCCCUGAGUGUUUAAUGA